UUCUUUGGGUGAUUCCCUUCCCCUCCUCCCAGCUGGUGGUUGAGUAAGAACUGGAAACAAGAUGUAACUUGCUGGUAGCAGAGAUUGGCAGUGAAGAUUUACUCACACAAUUAGCAGUUCCAAAUCCAGGCACUUUUUACCAUCUGUGAAAGCUUCCCUGUAAUUAAUUUUCCCUCACUUCCAUAUUAAGAAUUAUACCAAAUUGAAAAGAUAUGAAUGAAUAUCCUAAAAAAAGAAAAAGGAAGACUUUGCACCCUUCUCGUUAUUCAGAUUCCUCUGGAAUAAGCAGAAUUGCAGAUGGAUUCAAUGGAAUUUUUUCUGAUCAUUGUUACAGUGUCUGUUCUAUGAGACAACCAGACUUAAAAUAUUUUGACAACAAAGAUGAUGAUUCUGAUACAGAGACAUCAAAUGACUUGCCAAAAUUUACAGAUGGAAUCAAGGCCAGAAACAGAAAUCAGAACUAUCUGGUUCCCAGUCCCGUACUUAGAAUUCUGGACCACACUGCCUUUUCUACAGAAAAAUCUGCUGAUAUUGAAAUUUGUGAUGAAGAGUGUGACUCACCUGAAUCAGUCAACCAACAAACUCAAGAGGAGAGUCCUAUUGAAGUUCACACUGCUGAAGAUGUUCCAAUCGCUGCAGAAGUGCAUGCAAUUUCUGAAGAUUAUGAUUUAGAGACAGAAAACAAUUCCUCUGAGAGUCUCCAAGACCAAACUGAUGAAGAGCCACCAGCCAAACUUUGCAAAAUUCUUGACAAGAGCCAAGCUCUGAAUGUGACUGCCCAGCAGAAGUGGCCUCUACUGAGAGCUAAUAGCAGUGGCCUCUAUAAAUGUGAACUUUGCGAGUUCAACAGCAAAUACUUUUCUGAUUUAAAGCAGCAUAUGAUCCUGAAGCAUAAGCGUACUGAUUCAAAUGUGUGUCGAGUGUGCAAGGAAAGUUUCUCUACCAACAUGCUUCUGAUCGAGCAUGCCAAACUGCAUGAGGAGGAUCCCUACAUUUGUAAAUACUGUGAUUAUAAGACAGUAAUUUUUGAGAACCUUAGCCAACACAUUGCAGACACUCAUUUUAGUGAUCACCUUUAUUGGUGUGAGCAGUGUGAUGUUCAGUUCUCCUCAAGCAGUGAGCUCUACCUGCAUUUCCAGGAGCAUAGCUGUGAUGAACAGUACUUGUGUCAGUUCUGUGAACAUGAAACAAAUGAUCCAGAAGACUUGCAUAGCCAUGUGGUAAAUGAACAUGCAUGUAAAUUAAUAGAGUUAAGUGACAAGUAUAACAAUGGAGAGCAUGGACAGUACAGCCUCUUGAGCAAAAUUACCUUUGACAAAUGUAAAAACUUUUUUGUAUGUCAAGUAUGUGGUUUUCGGAGUAGACUUCAUACAAAUGUUAACAGGCAUGUUGCUAUUGAACAUACUAAAAUUUUUCCUCAUGUUUGUGAUGACUGUGGCAAAGGCUUUUCAAGUAUGCUAGAAUAUUGCAAACAUUUAAAUUCACAUUUAUCUGAAGGGAUUUAUUUAUGUCAAUACUGUGAAUAUUCAACAGGACAAAUUGAAGAUCUUAAAAUUCAUCUAGACUUCAAGCAUUCGACUGACUUACCUCAUAAAUGUAGUGACUGCUUGAUGAGGUUUGGAAAUGAAAGGGAAUUAUUAAGUCACAUUCCAGUCCAUGAGACAACUUGAUUAUUCUCUUUACCUUGCAUAAUGUAAAAUAAUAAAUACAACUUUAUUGAAGAUGUUAAAAUGUAUGAUUUUAAAAGAAUUUAUGAGAAUUGCUUUUAACAAGUAAGAUUUUUAAUUGUCCAAUUUUCUUGGCAUUGCUACACUUUUCAGUAUAUGAUUGUAUCCAAAAUAUGAUAUUCUCAGUUUAUGGUAGCUCAUAGUUUUAACCACUCUUUGUGUCUAUCAUUCUUUGCAUGUGCUCUGAUUUUAUGAAUGGAUAAGAAACAUACUAAAAAUACUAGACUAGUUUUUCUUCCAUAACCAUAGGUGCUGUUAACUUUUUAAAACUCAAGACAAGUUUAGUUUUUCAUGUAUGAAGUCAUAAAGUACUACAGUACCAAAACUAAAAUGCAACAUAAUAUACAAUUAAGUCCACUAAUACUCCCAUUAAUAAGAACUCAGGGCCUCCUUUUGCAUUCUCCAUCGGUAAUUGUCCCUAAAGCUCUCCAUCUGAGUGAUUCUUGUAAUAAUACUAGGAGGUCAGUGUUACAGGAGGAAGAAAAGAUCCAGUUUUCUUGGCAGUCUUUUAAAAUUCUCACUUUAUUUUAGCCCUUAUAUAUAUUAAGUAAUAUGUAUAUGUUAAUACUUUAACACUGGGGGUGAGGAGGAACUGGUAAGGGAUUAGACAGUGGAAAAGAAAUAUUUCAUAAUUCCUAACCUGUUCGCAUUACAUUUUCAAUUAUGCAACUGGGAAGUCAUGUCCAAACUUCUGAUGUCAAAUUAUUUAUUAACUGAGAAAUCCCACUGAAGUGUCAAUACAGAAUUAGGGAGAUCUAGGAUAUAGGGGUUGCUGGCAUAAUAACCUACAAAUUACUUUCGAUAAUGGUAAAAUAAUCUUAGCUUCCAUAUUAGUUCCUAUGGCUCCUGUAAUAAUUACAACAAACUGAGUGGCUUAAACAACAGAAAUUUAUUUUCUCACUUCAAGAGACUAGAAGUCAAAAAUCAAAAUGUUGCCAUAGUUUGUUCCUUCUGAGGUCUGUGAGGGAGAAGGGUCUGUUUUGAGCCUUACUCCUUCCUUGGCUUGUAGAGGUAUUCUCCCUGUAUGCAAUCUGUCUCCAAAUUUCCCCUUUUUAUAAGAACAUCAAUCAUGUUGAAUUAGGGCUCACCCUAUGGACUUCUUUUUAACUGGGUAAGACCAUAUCUUCAAAUAAGGUCAUAUUUUGAGAUACUGGGGCCCAGGACUUCAACAUAUAAAUUGGGAGGAAGGAAGGAGAGACACAAUCAUCACAAUUCAAAAGCAGCUUCUUAAAUACCAGUAUCAAGAAGAUAAAAUUGUGUGCAUCACUGGCUUCAAAUUUAAUAGAAACUUCAGCUAACAAUAUUGCUGUUCAGGAAUAUUGAUAUAGUUGAAGAAACCAAUUUAUGACCUAUGAUUUUCUCACUUCAAAAAUAAUGGGAAUUCAGUCUAUUUUGAGUGUUGGCAGUAAAAAGUACUUUCAAAACCAAUCAUUUGUAUCUCUACUAUUUUGUCACGUAUGCAUACCUGUAUUCUUACAAACUGCCAUUCCAUCUGAUUAUAACUUUCCAGGUAAGGCUGUCUGAUACAAAUGUUUCUUAAAAGACUUAAGAUCAUUUAAAUUAUAAAAGAACCUUAGAAACCAUCUCAUCUAAACCCUCUGAUUUUCUAAGUUUCUUAUAGAAAUAGAAACUUAGGUUGUUUGGUCAAGGUCACAGUCACAAAACCAUUAGAGCAGACAGGAGUGAAUUCAAGUUAUUUGGCUUCCAGUCUAGUAAUGUUUCCAUUACACCAUGUUCCAUAAAAAAAUCUAAGCUUUGUCCUUGUGGUAUUUUUCAUGACUACUUAACCUAGCCAUUCAGCUGCCUUCAAAAAGAGCUAAUUCUAUUUUUGAGCUCCAGGAAUUUGAUUUUUCAGGAAACAAACCUUAAAUAAGUAAUACUUUGAUGGUUUUUAAAAAUUCUUAAUUUAUUGCUUUACUUUUGAUCAGGUGUCACUAAUCAAAUUAAAGAGACUAGCCCUGGCCGGUUUGGCUCAGCAGUUGGAGCAUUGGCCUGCGGACCAGAGAGUCCCGGGUUCGGUUUCCGCUUGGGGCAUGUACCAAAAAAAAAUGAGACUGUAACGAAACUAAAAUAUUAAAUCUAGGUUUUAGAAAUAUAACUUUGUAUUAUUGAUGAAUCUGCAGCUUGAAGUGACAUCACACUGACCACUUGUUUCAAUAAAAACUUGGCUUUGAUUCAGCUUUCAAAUAAGUAUGUGAGUGACUAUAAAUUGCUGAGGUAGCUGGUCUAUAAUUUUAGCAUAAUGAACUUCUUUGGAAAAACAUGUACCUAAAAAGAAAAUUUUCUAACUACUUUUGGGUUUUUUCCUCUCAAAGACAGGCAUUUCUACUGUAUCCUGCAACUUGAACUACAAUUCAUAUAUGAGGAAACAACUGAUAGUGAUGAUUUUUUAUUAGAAUAACAUUCUAAUUCUACAAUCGAAUUCUUGGCAGUGGACAGUAGUGAUGGGUUAUUUUAUUUUACUUGCUGUUUUUAUUUCCACUUUGCAAUGAAUUACUACUUUUGAAAUUCCAAAUCAUUCCCCUUAUACUACAAAAUUUCAAAGUGACCAUGCACUACUCAAAAGACUCCCUAUUGUCAAUUUUCCAGUUUUAUUAUUUUAAAUCAGCUUUCUUAUAUUUCUUUGAAUGUAUGUCAUCACAUUAAUCAGUUUCACUGGACCUAUAACAAGUUGUUA